CUUCCUGAAAAUAGUUUACAUACAUUUUACACCUUUCUUCGUGCGCUUCGGACUCCUCGGCCUUUAGCGAAAGUGCGACUAGGGAAGAGCUGGGACGCGCGGGGCUCAGCGGAGGCGCGCUUGGGCUCUCGGCGACGACGACGACAACGACAAGGAGAGGGGACCGACGCGGCGCCUGAAGCAGCGACGGAGCCCAUGCCCCGGGACGGCGGGCGGGCCCGGAGAGACGAGUCCGGGGCCCGGGGCAUGUCCCCGGGGCCCCCGUGAAGAGGCGGCGGUGGCGAUGGAGAUCCCGCCGCAGGAGGCGCCGCCCGAGCCGGGCGCAGACGCCGAAGCCGUAGUCGAAGCUGAAGCUGAAGCCGACGCCGACACAGAGGAGGCCCCCGCCGAGGCUGGGCCUCCCAGCCCCGCGUCGCCCCCGGCCGACGGGCGCCUCAAGGCUGCAGCCAAGCGUGUUACAUUCCCGUCGGACGAGGAUAUCGUGUCUGGAGCGGUGGAGCCCAAAGACCCCUGGAGACAUGCCCAGAACGUGACGGUGGAGGAGGUGAUCGGCGCCUAUCGGCAGGCCUGCCAGAAACUCAGCUGCAGGCAGAUCCCCAAGCUGCUCCGGCAGCUGCAGGAGUUCACAGACCUCGAGCACCGCAUUGACUGCCUAGACCUGAAAGGGGAGAAGCUUGACUACAAGACCUGCGAGGCUCUGGAAGAGGUCUUCAAGAGGCUGCAGUUCAAGGUGGUGGACCUGGAACAGACGAACCUGGAUGAAGAUGGUGCCUCAGCCCUGUUCGACAUGAUCGAGUACUAUGAGUCGGCCACUCACCUCAACAUCUCCUUCAACAAGCACAUCGGCACGCGGGGUUGGCAGGCCGCUGCCCAUAUGAUGCGGAAGACCAGCUGCCUACAGUACCUGGAUGCCCGCAACACACCCCUGCUGGACCACUCCGCGCCCUUCGUGGCCCGUGCCCUGCGCAUCCGAAGCAGCCUGGCCGUGCUGCACCUGGAGAACGCCAGCCUAUCAGGACGGCCGCUCAUGCUGCUUGCCACGGCCCUGAAGAUGAACGUGAACCUGCGGGAGCUGUAUCUGGCCGACAACAAGCUCAAUGGCCUGCAGGACUCGGCGCAACUGGGCAACCUGCUCAAGUUCAACUGCUCCCUGCAGAUCCUGGACCUGCGCAACAACCACGUGUUGGACUCCGGCCUGGCCUACAUCUGCGAGGGCCUCAAGGAGCAGAGGAAGGGGCUGGUGACCCUGGUGCUGUGGAACAACCAGCUCACACACACAGGCAUGGCUUUCCUGGGCAUGACGCUGCCACAUACACAGAGCCUGGAGACGCUGAACCUGGGCCACAACCCCAUCGGGAACGAGGGCGUGCGCAACCUCAAGAACGGGCUCAUCGGCAACCGCAGCGUGCUGCGCCUGGGCCUGGCCUCCACCAAGCUCACCUGUGAGGGCGCGGUGGCAGUGGCGGAGUUCAUCGCCGAGAGCCCCCGCCUCCUGAGACUGGACCUGCGGGAAAACGAGAUCAAGACUGGCGGGCUCAUGGCGCUGUCCUUGGCUCUCAAGGUGAACCACUCCCUGCUGCGCCUAGACCUUGACCGGGAACCCAAGAAGGAGGCGGUGAAGAGCUUCAUAGAGACGCAGAAGGCGCUACUGGCCGAGAUACAAAACGGCUGCAAGCGCAACUUCGUGCUGGUGCGGGAGCGGGAGGAGAAGGAGCAGCAGCUGCAGCUGUCGACCUCCAUGCCCGAGAUCACCGUCACUGCGCCACAGCCCCUGGAGUCUGGGGAUGCGCCCCCUGCUGCAGCUCAGAAUGGGGCCCCCAGCCCGGGGCUCGGCCCGGACUCGGACUCGGACUCGGUCUCGGACGGGGAGGAAGAGGAGGAGGAGGAGGAUGGGCAGAGGAAAGAUACCAGCAGUGGCCAGAGUCCCUCGGUGCCCUGUCCUGCCCUGGUGCCCCCUACAGACUCUCUCGGCCCUGGGGACAGGAGCCCUCCAGGCAGCCCCUCCUCUCCUACCGAGCAACGGAUUUCCGUAUCCAGCCCAGGCCGGGGUCACAAGGUGUUUGUGGUGACCCGAGUGGAGAGUCCACCUGAGAGGGCAGAGCCCCCUGCCCCCUCCAGCCUCGACUCCCCUCCCUCCCCACUCCUGCUCCCCACCCCGGUCCUCCCAACAGCCGAGGCCACUGGCACCCAGGAUCCGGGGUCACCUCAGCCAGAGUCACCUCAGCCAGGCCCACCUCUGCCCAACGGCCUGAAGCCCGAGUUUGCUCUUGCACUGCCCCCAGAGCCACCGCCAGGGCCUGAGGUCAAGGGAGGCAGCUGUGGCCUGGAGCACGAGCUGCACUGCCCGCAAGAUGAGAAGGCACUGGAGGAGCUGCUUCUGGAGGCCAGUCAGGAGGCGGCGCAGGAGACACUGUGACACUUUCCUUUUUCCGGUUGGUCUUGGAUGAGCUGAGGCCAGAGCCAUGAGAACCUGCUCGCCCUCACCCCAGCCCUCCGGAGCCCAGGAUGCCAGGCUGGGGCACCGAGGACCCUCCCCAGGAACACUACAGCCGCAAGGCUGCGGCAUCUAUUUAUGUCUGACAUUCGAAAA